ACUUUCGUGCACAUUAUGAGGUUUAAACGCCUCUGAGAUGAAGAGGGACAAACACCCUCCCUCCUCACAGGACCUGAAGUUGCUUCAGGAAAAAACAAAAAAAAAGCGCCUGGGCGAGUUUUUUUUUUUGUCUAUAGCUGGCUGUAAGAAACAGGACGGGCGAGUCCGUGCCAAGGAGAAGGCGUAGACUUCCUCGUAACGUUUCCUCCGCCAUCUCCGCUUUCAAGCUUUCAGGGAACCCUUCAGGUCGAGGAGGAUUGAAGCUCCGUCUUUCUCCUCUCGGCGGUACAGCUCUACUCCAGCAGACAUGGACUGGGGAACCGACCUUUGGGACCAGUAUGAUGUCAUCGACAAGCACACUCAGUCCGGCCUGGACCUGAUGGAGCGCUACAUCAAGUUUGUGAAGGAGCGGACGGACAUUGAGCAAAACUACGCCAAGCAGCUCAGGAAUCUGACAAAGAAGUACAACAAAAGAGGAAAUAAAGAUGACCAGGACUGCAAAUACAGCAACCAUGCAGCGUUCCAGGAGAUCCUGAAUGAGCUGAAUGACUACGCGGGGCAGCGAGAGGUCAUUGCCGAAAGCAUGAGCACCACCAUUUAUGUCGACCUCACUAAGCAGUUACAGGACCUCAAAGCGGAGCGCAAAAAUCACCUGUUGGAUGUUAAAAAGGCCCAGCAGAACUUAGAGAGCUCUUUUAAACACCUAGAAAGUAUAAAAAAGCGUUCUGCCAAGGAGUGGGCAGAAGCUGAGAAAGCAACACAACAAGCAGAAAAAAUCGAUAAUGAUCCCAACGCUACCAAGCCGGAUGUGGACAAAGCCAAACAGCAUGCAAAUACACGGACGCACAUAGCAGACGAGUGCAGGACGGACUAUGCUGCAGAGCUCCAGAAAUACAACAAGGAACAGAAGUCCCACUAUUACUCUGACGUACCACAGAUCUUCAAUAAACUGCAGGACAUGGAUGAACGGAGGAUCAGGAUGCUGGCGGAGAAAUAUUGUCGCUUUUCAGAAAUUGAGAAGAGCGUUCUGCCCAUAAUCACGAAGUGUCUGGAUGGAAUUAUUGCAGCGGGGCAAAGAAUCGAUGAGAAGAAGGACUCCAAACUUUUAAUAGAACAUCAUAAAUCUGGGUUUGAACGACCCGGGGAUGUGGAGUUUGAAGACUACAACCAGGGAGUGAAAAAAGCCAUUUCUGAAUCCAACCUCAACCCUCCAAAAGUGCGCGGCAAGCUUCGGCUUUUUGGAAAGAAACACAAGACAUCUCAUGCAGACAAGCACACGGCGCAGUCAGAGGAUUUCUCUCACCUUCCUCCGGAGCAGAGGAAGAAGAAGCUGCAGGCAAAGAUCGAGGAAAUCAGCAAAGAUCUGCAGAAGACUCAGGACCAAAGUGAAGCACUGGAUAAGAUGAAGGGCGUGUACGAGCAGAAUCCACAGAUGGGAGACCCUGCCAGUCUGGAACCACAGAUCUCAGAAACGUCCCAGAAAAUGAGCCGCUUGAAGGGGGAGUUGAAUAAAUACGAGACGUGGCUGUCGGAAGCAGUGGGAGGAGAGGAAUCGCCCAGUAACAACAACUUUCAACACGGGAAUGACAAUUCUCAGAACAUCUACAACAGUUUUGAGGAGGAUUUCGAUGACAUCCCAUCUCCCAUUGGCCAGUGUGAAGCUUUGUACACCUUUCAAGGCAACAGCGAAGGCACCGUUUCCAUUUCGGAGGGCGAGCUGUUAACCAUAAUGGAGAAUGACAAAGGAGAUGGAUGGAUGAGAGUCCUGAAAGGCAACGGGGAGGAGGGCUACAUACCUUCAUCCUACGUCAAGCAAACUGCCUAACUUCCAUCACUCCGAGGUUCAAAGCCGGCGUGGAGCACAAAGUCACUCUAAACAACCGGAGCUGUUUUGAUGUCGGCCUCAUUGGGGUGAAUGGGAGCUGUUGUGGGAGGCGGACUGCAAAAUACUCCUCAUCUCUGAUGUCUCUCUGGGAAACGAGACUGAGCCACGAAAAGCUAAACAUCUUGUUGAGUUUCUAAAAAAAACUGAAUGUAGUUACCAUUCCUGUAACACCUGCUUCAUAGUACAUUUGUUUAAUAUUUUAAGAAUAUUUUAUUCCUCAACUUGAUCUUCUUUCCGUCAUUUCUUUCAAGCUGCUGAUGCUUUUAUUUUCUAGCUUUUAAACGACUUUCCUAAAAAAUAAUGUGAGAUAUUAAUCACUCUGUGUUUAGAAUUGAAUGAAAACCACUACACUGUUGGGAGUGUGCAAAAUAUCUUAAGUAAACGAUGAGUUUAUAUCAGUUUCCUAAAUGAGAAGUCAUUUUUUUUGUUAGUUCGUGAGCUGAAGCAUUCCUUCCCUUGAUGAUUCCUUCAUGGAAACAGUGCUCCUCGUAAAAUUGUAAAGUUUUCCAUCAUGUCAUUUGCAGCAAAAUUAAGCAACGUUGUUUCAAACGUCACAAAGAAACAGUUUGAGUAAAAAAAGUAGAAAUUAUGUAAAAGUUGACGUUUUUCAUUUAAAAUCUAUUGACAAAAACAAAAGUUACAAUUGUUUUUUGGGUUAAUUGAGUUCUAUUAAUGUGGUAAAAACUUGCUGCAGUGGUAAAAUAACAUUGUAGCUCCUGUGAUCUCUUGUGAAUUUUGGAGAUGGUGUGUGGAAACAAAAAAAUACACAACAGAGGUGAAAUAUUAGUGAUAAUCCUCCCCUUUUUAAAAAAAAUAAAUAUAGAAAUAAAUAAAUCUUAGUUUUUAUAUUAAAUAUUUAAAUGCUGCAAUUCAAAAUUAAUUUUAUUGUAUUUAAUUUAUGCCUAAGGAAAGUAAAGAAAAAAUGUGAACGUAUUAAAAGUUUUGGAAAUUUAGUCCAUCUAUUGAUAGAGAAAAGCUAAAUAUUUUGGGGGGAAAAUGAGAUCAUGAACCUGUUACCUGUGUAAUCAUAAUGUAAGAUUCAAACCCUUGAGCUACCUCUGGACACUUCUUAUUGAAACCUUUUAAUUUAGCUUUCUUUACCACUUUUACGUGAUAUUAUUAUUAUUUUUUUAAUUUACCCAUUUUAUACUUUUUUUCUCUUAACCCCUUGAUGCAUAUUCAUGCAAAUAGGCAUCAAACUAUUUCUGGAUAAAAAAUAAAUGUCAAGGGGUUAACACUGACCUGUAAUCCAUUUACUCACUAAAAAACAUCACUGUGGGAUGACUUAACUUUGCUUUUGCAAUGAACAUGAGGAACAAAUUUGAAAUUAAGCUUUGCUACUUCAAAAGUAGUGUUGUUAGGUCAAAAAUAUUUUCUAAAAUCACUUAUUCUAAGUGGUGUCAUGGAUCAACAUUCAUCUGAAUGAAUUGUGAAGAUGGGGGUGAAAAUGAAUCCCUCAAAAAUAUUACUGAGGAGCACUUAAAAGAUUACAGAAAUUCCUUUUAAAAACACAAAACGUCUACUGUAAUUCUUGAUAAUUUGGGAUUUGUUCGUCCUAUGACACUUAAUGUUAAUUAUUUAGUUUAAAUAGUACAUCUGAAUUAGCUGCUCCUGAAUUUUGUUGUUUCUCCUCCCAAAUAAGCUACAGAGUUUAUUCAUCUAUUUUCCUGCAACUCAAACUAGCAAAUGUUUUAGGACAAUUUACCCGUUUUUUUAUCUUUAUUUUAUUGUAUGUAUGUGUAUUAUAAAAUAAGAAUUAUAUUUCCUUUGGUGUUGAAAUAAAAACACAUCCAUGGA